UUUCAGUUAGUUUAUGUGACGUUAGGGAACAUUUUUUACUCCUUACAACUUCUAUAUAUUUCCCUACUCCACCCUCUUCAUUCCUUCAUACACAUUUCCAAUUCUCACAUUAUUAUUAUUAUCAUUAUUUCCAAAAGAAUGGCACUCCUUCAAUUUUUCUUCGUUGGUUUUCUUUCUUUAUUAUCAACCGUUUCGGGGUAUGGCGGUGGUUGGAAUAGCGCUCAUGCCACCUUUUACGGGGGUGGCGACGCCUCCGGCACGAUGGGUGGGGCUUGUGGAUAUGGAAAUUUGUAUAGUCAAGGCUAUGGGACUAAUACUGCAGCUUUGAGCACAGCUUUGUUCAACAAUGGGCUAAGUUGUGGCGCUUGUUUUGAAAUAAAAUGCACUGAUGACCCGAGAUGGUGCCUGCCUGGCUCUAUUGUGGUGACGGCCACCAAUUUUUGUCCGCCCAAUAACGCCCUGCCUAACAAUGCUGGUGGCUGGUGCAACCCUCCUCAGCAGCAUUUUGAUCUUUCUCAGCCUGUUUUUCAAAGGAUUGCUAAGUAUAGAUCAGGGAUUGUUCCUGUCGUUUAUAGAAGGGUAGCAUGCGAAAAGAAAGGAGGAAUAAGGUUCACAAUCAACGGUCAUUCAUACUUCAACUUAGUCCUUAUAACAAACGUCGGCGGCGCCGGUGACGUUGAGGCAGUCUCAGUCAAAGGAUCACGCAGUAAUUGGCAGCCCAUGUCCAGAAAUUGGGGUCAAAACUGGCAAAGCAACUCACAUCUCGACGGACAAACCCUGUCGUUUAAGGUCACAACUAGCGACGGCAAGACUAUUGUGUCUAACAACGUUGUACCUGCCGGAUGGUCGUUUGGUCAGACUUUCACUGGCCAACAGUUCACUACUUAAACAGUUAAGCUCAAUAAAAAUAGUUACCACUAGUAGUUUUAGUUUAAUUUUGGGUAAAAAAACAAGGAUUUGAAGGGUUUAGUUUGAUUUAGAUAUGAAGAUGUAGUAAUGGUUUUUUUACCUGUUCUGCUGUGUUUUGAAGAGGCGGACGGGAAAUUUGGCAGUGGUGGUGAAAUUUAGUUACCACCCGCUAUUUUUACUUUUGUUUUUAUUGCUAUUGGUUAUGUAGAAGGCGAAAAUUGCUUACUACUAGUUUGCUACAAAAUAAAAUUGUUAUUUAUUGGUUUUGUUUAGUUAAUAA